UUUGAAGAACAAAUGUAAUCUUUUAAUGUAUUAGAAUGAAAAUAGAACAAAUCAGAUCUGUACAAAUCACUUUUGAAUAAAAAUGCUUGUGGAUUUAGUACAUGGGUAAUGCCAAGUUUUUCUUGAUAUCUUCAUUAAAAAUCUUCAUUUUUAUAGCAUCAUAAGAUACUUGAUGCCACUGCUGUAUUGUCACCAUGGAGACAGUUUUGCAAACACACCAAAACCUCCCUGACUCCUCAAAACAACCCCCCCGCGGAUAAAAAUAGUGAUAAUAUUUGAAGGAGGAUCAAAUCUUGUUUGUAUAUGUUUACCUAUGUGACAAAAUAAUUGCUGUCAUUAUCAUCUGAUAGUAUAUCAUGAAAUCACAGGUUGCCCGCUCAGUCAGACUCAAAUUGCGGGUCUGCCGGCUGGGUGGAAACCUCCUCCUCUAAGAGCAAGUGCUGACUUAUAGCACAUCCAACCACAAGUGCCUCACUUCUGAAAGUGCUGAAUAAUGAUGGUCAGCAUCAGGACCACCUGUUGGGGAUUAGUAGUGACUUGAGUAAAUUACACCCACCGGAUGAUAAGAGGUCUUGACCGUGCUUCAUCACAGAUGAGGGGCCCAAUCAGUACAGAGCACAGGAGGAGAUGUGGGGUAUAUAGAUUGAGCAGAGGUGGGGACAUCAUUGAGGUCUUACUCUGGAAGGCAGCAAACGAGUGAGGAACUCUUAAACAUAGCUAUGGUUUCUUCCAUGGUGCUUCUGAGUGUCUUUGGGUUGCUCACCCAGGUGGACAUGCUUCCAGUUAAGAACUCGACUGGUAUAAAUGAAGGAAAAGUGAGGAUGAGAAGGAAAUACUCAGAUGAACUCUCAGAUUAUGAGGACGAAACUGCCAUGGAUCAAAUCCUGGAAGUCAAUAGCAGACUGCGAGCCCCCAGAGGAGUGUCUAUCAGAGAUGGAGACAUUGCGUUUUCCUACUUACGCAGUGCCGUAAAUUGCCCAGGAAAUGCUUGUCUGUGGCCAAAAUCAGUCGAUGGAUUUGUUUAUGUACCUUACAUCGUCUCUCCACUUUAUGAUGACAUGGACAGAAUCACAAUAGAAACCGGGAUGCAGGACAUUGCUUCUGGAACUUGCAUUAAAUUUGUUCCUCGUACCCAUGAGGCUAACUUCCUUGAUAUUCAGCCCAGAUAUGGAUGCUGGUCAUUUCUAGGGCAGACUGGAGGAAGCCAGACCCUGUCCCUGCAGAGUCCCGGGUGCAUGUGGUCAGGAAUUGCUGCUCACGAGUUCAUGCAUGCCCUUGGCUUUGUGCAUGAGCAAUCUCGCUCAGACAGGGACCACUUCGUCACAAUUGUAUGGAAAAACAUCAUGCCAGAUCAUGCACAUAAUUUCAGGAAACAGGUGACAAACAAUCUCAACAGCCCAUACGACUAUAGCUCAGUUAUGCAUUACGGACGGUAUGCCUUCUCUGGGGAUGGUGGGCCAACAAUUAUCCCCAGACCAGAUCCUUACAUUCCUAUUGGCCAACGAGAUGGACCCAGUGCUCUGGAUCUGCAUAAAAUAAAUGUCCUGUAUGACUGUGGUGAGUUAACAUUUCCCAAUGCAUUAGAUAAGAGGAAAAACAGUAAAAAUUAUGUUUGAUAAUUACAUUUUUCUCUCUGUUUUUCUCUGUAGGUGCGAAUGAGUGAACGACUUCACACAACUCUGCUGCCAAGUCCUGCCAGACAUGAACACUAGUGCAUUGUGCCUUUAUGAUUAGAUGACAUAAGCAACAUUUUAAAGAAUUUUCUGUAGUAAUAACUGAAUACAAUUGCUAGAUAUGGACUUAUUUUAUUUCAUAUUGCAUCAAUUUGGUAAAAUAUUUUUGUAGCAUUUGAAUGCUGUUUAUUAACUGUUAGUAAUGCUUGCCUUUUAGCUAAAAGCUGCAUUCCAGAAAUGAAAUGUCAUGUAAAAAUCUCCCUGGGACUCAUGUAUGAGAUUAUGUUCAAUCUCCCAGUUUGUUUUCAUUUCAAUAAAAAUUAUUAUAAAGAAUGCAUUUAAUAUUUUUGAACAGAGAAACCCAUGAACUUGCAAUAAAAAGAACAAAUACCUAUUGAAAAUGAAAAGUAGGAAUUAAAAUUAUGCAUAUCUAUGAAAAGAAAAUGUUAGACAAUUCUAAAAUGGAAAUAUAGGGUUAGAAAAAAGAACAUUUGCAAGACCAGGCAGGAACGAACAAGAGAAACUGGUACAGGUCAGACAAAUUUGGAUGAUUGAAGUCUGUGUGCUUCAAGAAAUCAGAAUAAACAAGAACAACAGGUCAUCAAUGCUUACAGGGUAUAUGGAGCAAUAAUAUUAAUUCAGGUCAGGAAUUUUAGAGAGGCUUUUGAAUGGUCAAAUAUUUAGUAAAAAUACACCCAUAUUUAGGAACAAAUUAAUUUAUGUACUAGUCAAAUACUGCUCCAAAUGAUGUAGGCAUUUCUUUCUUUUUUUAAACGUAUUAUAAUUCUGUAUCUAAGUCGUUAAUAGUCAGUGGUCCUUUCUGAACAUGGAAAUGUAAGCAAAUUAACCAAACAUAAAGAUAUUAAUAUACAGUAUGUUCCUGGUUUGCAUGGUUUUAUUGAGCUAUGUAGUUAAACAACUUAUUUUACAAGCAUGGGAAGGAGGGUUUGCUUUGUCUCCUUUUACUGCAAUAAAUGUGAUUUUUGAUGGAUAAUAAACGAAUGUAAAUAAUAUUUGAGAAUUCCUCAUCUAAAUCCUUUAGAAACAUAUUAUAACUAUUGAAAUAUGAGAGCCGGUCAAAAAUUUAAUGUUACAGAAUGCUGAAACCAAUGGCUGAAACUAGCAAACGUGUAAAAUAAAUAAAUAAAUAAAUAAAUAAAUAAAAAUUGAAGAGAAAAGAAAAACUCCAGGAUUUAAGCAUCAUUUCCGGUUUUUAGGCCCACCUGCUGGCCGGAUGUUGAAAGUUUUCACCAAUGGGAAAAGCUUGAAGGCGGAGCAACUUUGAUGACAUCACAAUCAUUGC